AUGCAGCGGCCCGGGGAGCCGGGCGCCGCGCGCUUCGGGCCGCCGGCGGGCUGCGCCGACCACAGGCCGCACCGCUACCGCAGCUUCAUGAUCGAGGAGAUCCUCACCGAGCCGCCGGGGCCCAAGGGCGCCGCGCCCGCCGCCGCCGCCGCCGCCGCGGGCGAGCUGCUCAAGUUCGGGGUGCAGGCGCUGCUGGCCGCGCGGCCCUUCCACAGCCACCUGGCCGUGCUGAAGGCCGAGCAGGCGGCGGUGUUUAAGUUCCCGCUGGCUCCUCUCGGCUGCUCCGGGCUGGGCUCCGCGCUGCUGGCCGCGGGGCCCGCGCUGCCCGGCGUGGCGGGCUCGUCGCACCUGCCCCUGGAGCUGCAGCUCCGCGGGAAGCUGGAGGCGCCGGGCGGCGGGGAGCCGGGUGCCAAGGCCAAGAAGGGGCGCCGGAGCCGCACGGUGUUCACGGAGCUGCAGCUAAUGGGCCUCGAGAAGCGCUUCGAGAAGCAGAAGUACCUCUCCACCCCGGACAGAAUAGACCUCGCCGAGUCCCUGGGCCUGAGUCAGUUGCAGGUGAAGACCUGGUACCAGAAUCGGAGGAUGAAGUGGAAGAAAAUAGUGCUGCAGGGCGGCGGCCUGGAGUCCCCCACCAAGCCCAAGGGGCGGCCCAAGAAGAACUCCAUCCCCACCAGCGAGCAGCUCAGCGAGCAGGAGCGCGCCAAGGAAGCCGAGAAGCCGGAGAAGCCGGCCGAGGCGCCGGGCGAGGCCAGCGACCAGGGCCGCGAGGACUGA